CAAGAACGACGGUGGAAUCUUUGAGGAUCUGCGAGAACAAGACCCCAUUAAUGGUGGUUCAUCUUUGAAGACUCGCAUCAUUUCUUGCUCAUCCCCAAUAAAUCUUGGCACUCACUUGGUUACCUCAAAAGAAAUCUUGGAGCCAUUUCUGACCAGCCCUUUAUUAAAGGUACCUGUGGGAGAUUCAUCUUGUUUGUGGUUACUUCUUCAGAUUCUUGAACUGGGUUCUUCUGCUAUGGGUUUUGUGGGAUUUGGUGGUUUGUUGAUCAGUUUGAUUAGAGGAGAAGAGGCGGAUUGGGAAUUGAAGAUGUAUGUGGUGGAUAGCAGAGGAGGAGCGAUAGCAUGCAUGCUGCUUGCACUACUCUUCCUAGGAACAUGGCCUGCCAUUCUAACUCUGUUAGAAAGACGUGGCCGACUUCCUCAACACACUUACCUUGACUACACAAUCACCAAUCUUCUGGCGGCUGUCAUUAUUGCCUUUACAUUUGGGGAAUUUGGGAAUACCAGUGAUGAUAAGCCUAAUUUCCUAAUCCAGCUUUCUCAGAAUAAUUGGCCAAGCGUUCUAUUUGCAAUGGCGGGCGGGGUGGUCUUGAGUCUCGGAAAUCUGUCAACACAAUACGCUUGGGCGUUUGUUGGUUUAUCGGUAACUGAGGUGAUUACCUCAAGCAUUACUGUGGUUAUAGGUACAACUUUGAACUACUUUUUAGACGACAAGAUCAACAGAGCUGAGAUACUUUUCCCAGGCGUUGCGUGUUUCUUGGUUGCCGUUUGUCUUGGUUCUGCGGUACAUGCAUCCGUGGCCAAAGAUAACCAAGCAAAACUUAAUACGUUGGAGGAUUCUCGUGUGGCAGAAAAAGGAUCAAUGAAUAACGAAUCAAACCUGAAUUCAAGAAAGGAUCUGGAGUAUGGAACUGAUAAAGCAGAGAAAGCGAAAGCAGGGACCGCAAGUUUUCUUAUUGAGCUCGAGAGCCGAAGAGCAAUCAAGGUGUUUGGGAAAAGCACUUUGGUCGGUUUGGCCAUAUGUUUCUUCGCCGGAAUUUGUUUUUCUCUCUUCUCACCGGCGUUUAACCUUGCAACCAAUGACCAAUGGCAUACUUUGGACGAUGGUGUCCCUCACUUAAGUGUCUACACAGCCUUUUUCUACUUCUCUUGCUCGUGUUUCGUGAUUGCCAUAAUCUUGAACGUUAUAUUUCUUUACCGCCCUGCAUUCAACCUGCCUCGAUCUUCAAUUAAGGCAUAUUUGAACGACUGGGAUGGCCGAGGUUGGGCAUUUCUGGCUGGUUUUUUGUGUGGUUUUGGGAAUGGUCUCCAGUUCAUGGGAGGUCAAGCUGCUGGUUAUGCUGCAGCUGAUGCAGUUCAGGCGCUUCCACUUGUGAGUACCUUUUGGGGUGUGCUCAUUUUUGGUGAAUAUCGAAGAUCAUCCCGGAGAACGUAUAUAUUUCUCGUAGGCAUGCUGUCCAUGUUUAUUGUGGCUGUUGGAGUUCUAAUGGCGUCAUCUGGCCACAGGAAAGAGUAGACAAUAACUUAAGAUGAUCAAAAGGAAAAAAUGUUACCACUGCAAGUUUACUGGCACUGUAUAAUCAACAUUGUACAGAAAACAAACAAGUUUAAAGGUAUACAAAUGCACAAAGCAUAUAAGAAAUUGCAAGUUUGAUAUCAAAAUUGAAGCAUGUAUUCUAGACAUUAGGUUGUUAAUAUCAUGUAAUUUCUUUCUUCUGUUUCUUCAACAAUGGCAUACUUCAUAUUUCUUUGUUUGGGUUGGUUAUACAUUUCGUGUAAUUUCUCCACCCUAUAAAUUUCAAAUGCGAAAAUUACUCUCAAGGAAAAUGUUAAGUACUCGAAGAAGAAUUAAACAGAACUCAUAAACAAGAUGAUCAACAAACAUUUUUCAAGGUCUUCUCAGGGAGAAGAAAUGGGCAAAUCCAUAUGAAUCUACAACUUUCACUGCUUGAGAUGCAAGUCACUUGAGUAUAUUCCUCCAGGUUUUGGUCAUUUUUGGCAAAAGAUUGAGUUGGAAGGUGUCAUUGGACGCAUAUGAUAUGCAUACAUGCAUAAA